CGAAUUUCAAUUUCGUACAGCAGUCGGUAUAGAACGGACGAACGGUUGAUUUUAACGAGAAAAAAGAAUUUCUUCAUAAAACGAAACAAAAAGCGGCGCGCUUUUCUUGCGGGCGUUACAUUUGAUUGUUUUUUGAAUUAUUAAAUUUCAAAUUAUUUGCAAUAGAAAUAAAUGGGAAAAUAUUGUUGUAAAUAUAAAUAAACUAUAGAAAAUAUUAAAAACAAAGCUGUUUUCAUUUUAUCAAAUAAAAAUGUGUAAAGAAAUGCAGCAAAAUUAAUAAAACAAAAAUUAAUGAAAAAAUGUGUUUUCAAAUUAUGAAUGAAGUCGAAGUGUGUUUUUAGUGAAUAAAAUGUGUGUAUUAUUUGAAAAAAAAAAGUCGUGUUAUUGAAAUGAAUGGAAAAAUGAGCACAUGAGCUUUAAAGAAAUAAGAAAAAUAUAUUUUGGAACCUUAUCUACCUUCAUAAAAUUUCUCCCGGUCCCCCACAAGCAUGACCUUAUCUCUGGGAUUAAUAUUUACUAUUUAAAUUUGGAUUAAACACAAACAACCGUGGAAAAUAUUCCAGACAACACAUGAAAAGUAUGGAACUCAGUUCGGUGAUCUUGCAAAUAUCCUUCCUCACGAUAUUUGGCAAAAUGUUGGCAUUUGGCUUCGUCGGACCCGAAGAACGAAAAUGCAAAUAUUUACGAGUGGAGAAAUUACUGAAGAUACGCUGUUUCGACAUGAAUCUGAAGGAGGUGCCGCAAUAUCUCAAGUCAUCGGUGGAGGUCUUGGACUUAUCCUACAAUCGCAUCAAGAAGCUAAAGCGCAGCUCAUUUCAACCCUACAAAAAUAUUAAAUAUUUAUUGUUGUAUGACAACAUGAUACAAUCGGUGGAACCGGGUACAUUUUCCCAUCUCACAUCACUGCAGGAAAUUGAUUUAUCAAAUAACGGUCUAUUGACCAUACCCCUGGAACUGUUGCAGCUGCCUUCGCUGAGAAAUCUCUACAUCGACAGCAAUGAAUUGAUCCACUUGGAACGUGAUCUUGAGGCCUUGGACAGACCGAUAAAGGCGCCACUGGAAUAUCUCAAUGUGGCCGACUGUGGUCUGCAAGAUAUACCCGAUUUGGGUAUACUACCAAAACUAUGGCACAUAAAUGCCUCAAUGAAUCCCCUGAUGGAUCUCAGCAUAGAUCGUUUUGCAAAUAUGUGCAAUUUAAAGAGUAUCGAUCUGACACGGACCCAAUUGGAUCAGUGCCAGUGUCAACAGGCCAAUAAUCAUUUGAGGGCGUUGUCGGUCAAAACGAAAUUUGUACCUGUUUGUGUGGAAACAUUGGAUCCCUCCAUUUGUCCACUGCCAUAUAAUUUUACCCUAGAUUCGGAAACUUUUCACACUUGCAAGACGUCGGUGGCCAAAGCGGAAGCUCGUAACCUUUGGAUAUUUGUGGCCGGCUGUUGUGGUGGCAUUCUGGUGGUGCUUCUAUUGGUCUGGUAUUGCAUACAUCGCAAGCGUAAGCGACGCAACAAGAAAUUGCGUGCUGCCGCACUGCAACGAAAAAGUCUGGUGAUAUCGCCGAAAAAUGCCAUUAACAAAAAGGAAAUGGAAUUCCAUUGUAAUCACAACGAUGAACUGUUGUGCUGUGAUACUGCCUAAGGAUACAAAUACAUACAUAUACACACACACCUAUAUACGCCUAAGAAAGGAGUUGACACAAAAAAAAAUCACAAACUGCUUAGCUACUAGAUAAGAAUAGGAAAGUGCCUCAAAUAUUUAUAAAUAGUCGUAGUUGUAUAGUGAUAAUUAUUUUUUAUUUAUUUUUUGAUUUUAUUCGCCGAAAUAGAGUGUCAGGAAAAUGU